UUCCCUGCGCGUGUGCCGCCCGCCCGGGCACGCGGGAAUUUUAAAUUCAGGGCAGUUGCCGUCCGCUGUCCUCGCCUCUCUCUCUCUCUCCCGGUCAUGGCGGAGAAGGCCCCGUUCCCUGGCUGGGCCAGCGACGAGGAAGACCAGGCCUUCGAGCUGUGUGAGUGGCCGGAGGGAGAGAGGCGCCUUCCUUCCUUAUCCCUCCCUCCCCCUCCUUCCCCGGUGAGCGCCGCUCUCUCCCUCUCUCUCUCCCUCAGUCCUGACCCGGAUCAAGAACGCGAGGGCGCCCCGCAGCGGAAGCAAAACCCCCAGCAGCGCCCGGAGGACCAAGGCCUCUCUCUGCAGCAGGCACGCCGGGAAUGCCCUGGAAGAAGAGGGCCCCUCGCUCCGUGUCGCUCCCGCCUCCGCUCACCUUCAGCGACAGCGAUGACGACCAGGUCUUUGUCGACUUCACGCCGAGGAACCCCUGCCAGCCCCAGCGGUCGGGCCUCCAGCAGGGCGGUUGGAGGAAAGGCCCGUCUGCCUCCUCGUUGGAGGAUCGUGUCCCUCACAGGCAGAGUCCCGACUCUUCCUCGAAUGAGGAGGAGGAGGAGGACAAAGGGGGCUCCGGGAGAGGGAACGCAAGCGGGGCACCGGGCGCAGCAGCCCACAGCUGGCGGACGGCGAUGAGCGCCAGGUCGGGAUCCGGGAGCUCCGACGAAGAGAUCGGCAGCCUGGCCACACGCAUCAAGCAAAGGAUGCUCCUCUCUUCCGAAAAGAGUGGCCUCCGCACCCCGGGCACCUCUGGAGAGAGGCCUUCCCCCGCACACCCCUGCCCAUCCGUGAAGAGGGAGCAGCCCCGGCCUCUUGGGCCCUGCCCAUCGACGCCGCCGGCCGGGCCCCCCCAGGGCAGGGUGCUUGCCAACAUCACCCAGCGGCACAGGACGCCACCCGCCAGGGGGGGCUCCUGCCGGGUGCAAGGCUGCUUCUUGCAGGAGCUGUCUGACCCAGAGACCCAGCACUGCAAGCGGUUCCGGAGUCUGAAGGAGGAGCUGGCGCGAAGCCUCUAUGCCUUAUACAACACCUCCGUCUUUGAGCAAAAGUUGCCAGAGAGUAUGGAGAUCCUCUGGAACAAGAAGAUGCGGAAAACGGCCGGGUGCUGCGUGACGGGCCGGCGGAAGGGCCCCCCAGAGCAGCGCUAUGCGCGGAUCAUGCUCUCCGAGAAAGUCUGUGACUCUGCAGACCGCCUGAGGGACACGUUGAUCCACGAACUCUGCCACGCAGCCACGUGGCUCCUCCACGGCGUUCGGGACGGGCACGGCCGGUUCUGGAGCCUGUAUGCCAAGAAGGCGGCCACGGUCCACCCGGAGCUCCCUGUGGUGGAGCGGUGCCACAACUACGAGAUCAACUACAAGUUCACUUACGAAUGCUCUCGAUGUGGGAACACGAUCGGCCGCCAUUCCAAGUCCUUGGACACGCAGCGCUUUGUCUGCGCCCUGUGCCGGGGCCCGCUCGCGCUGUGCCAGCCCACGAGGAAAGACGGCACGCCGGCCGCAAGGGCGCUGACUCCGUUUGCAAAGUUCGUGAAGGAGAACUACGGCUCGGCAAAGCGCUCACAGCAGGGACUCAGCCACGCGGACGUCAUGAAGAAGCUCAGUGCGGACUUUGCCUCCUCCCGGGAGCGUGCGCUCAACUUUUGAUGGAGGGAAGGACAGACGGACGCUGUGCCAGCCCACGAGGAAAGACGGCACGCCGGCCGCAAUAAAAUGCAAAGCCAAGGAAUAUAGAAGACUGUAAAACUCAACCAAGAGUCAAUCCAAAGUAGGGAUUGUGCAAAGCAAGAACUCCACCACUAUCAUCAUAAUCUGAAAAGUGUCACAGCUGGAUCUCCCCUCUGGAGGCAGCACAAAGAAGGCUCCUAGGGUGGACCAAUUGGCCUAACUAUGAAGAAGUAAUAAAGAAACAGGGUUUAGAGUAUAUAUUAAAAACACAACAAGAAAUAAAAGAAGACCACAUAAACAUAUGGUUACAAUACGGUCAACUUAAAGAAUAUUAUAAAAAGGACAAGACAGUGGGUUUCAUGGAGAAAAAUAGCUUAUGGGAUAGAGUACUGUUUACAGAAGGAAAGAUAAUUGCAAAAAUCUAUAAAAUAUUAUUAGAAUGGGACACUGAAACUGAGUUAAUUAAAAAUUGUAUGGUCAAAUGGGCCAAAGAUAUUGGCAGACCAAUUCAAAUGGAGGAAUGGGAAGCAUGUUGGAGCAGAAAGCUGAAGUUCACAUAUGCUUUUGAAUUAAAAGAAAAUUGGAUGAAAAUGCUCCACAGAUGGCAUAUAACACCCCAAAAAAUAGGAUUUAUAAAUAAAAGUAUGAAUACAAAAUGCUGGAAAUGUGGAGAAGAGGAAGGAACCUACUACCAUAUUUGGUGGAGGUGCAAAAAAGCAAAAGAGUAUUGGUCUAUGAUUCAUGACUGCAUCCAGACAAUUUUAGACAAUAAAUUUAUUAAACUGCCAGAAACAUACUUACUGGGCAUCUCCAAAAUUCCCCUGGGGUCAAACGAGGAAAAAAUAAUGACAUAUCUCACAACAGCAGCAAGAAUUACAUAUGCCAGAUGCUGGAGACAAAUAGAUAUACCCUCCAGGAUGGAGUGGUUAAUUAAAGUAUUAGAAAUAAAAAAUAUGGAUAGACUAACCUACCUAACAGCUAAAGAUCAGGGGAAGCCAAGGAAGAAGACAAAUUGGCAACAGGUGGAGAAAUAAUUAACUAUAAGUGAUAUAGGAAAAUCUAGAGUAGACUUGAAGUGAACAAUAAGAUUUAAAAGAAAAAGAACCACCCCCAGAUAUAAGGGGAAAAGAAUAUGAAAAAAAGAAACUGAAGAAACGAAUGAGGACAACGAAGGAAGACACCGAACUCCAAGAAUACCUCCUCGGUAGUGACUUGGAAGUCAAUGUUUUAACCCCCAUCCCUCAACUUCCCUACCCUAUGAGCCUCCCCCAUUUACCUGAAACCCCCCCAUCCCCAAUACACCAACCCUAACCCAGCCAUACCCAACACCUACCCUUAUCCAACUUCCCCUUUCUUGCUUCUUCAACAUGUACUAACAAAUCUCUAAUAAAGAUUAUUUUAUAAAAAUGAAAA